AUGAUGCUGUACAAGAAGACAAGGCUGCUGCUGUUCCUCUUCUCCCAGGUGGCCAUCUUGGCCCUCUUCUUGCACAUGUAUGGCCACACCACCUUAUCUUUGGCCAAAAAGGAGGAGCCGAAGCCCGUACACGUGCUGGUCCUCACCUCCUGGCGCUCGGGCUCAUCAUUUGUGGGACAGCUGUUCGGGCAGCACCCUGAUGUUUUCUACCUCAUGGAGCCUGCCUGGCACGUGUGGAUGAGCUUCAAGCAGAGCACGGCCUUGAGACUGCACAUGGCCGUGCGUGACCUCAUCCGGUCCAUCUUCCUGUGCGACAUGAGUGUCUUCGAUGCCUACUUAUCGCCCGGAUCCAGGAAGCUGUCCAGCAUCUUCCAGUGGCACAUCAGCCGAGCCCUGUGCUCCCCGCCAGCCUGUGGCGUCUUCCCUCGUGACUCCAUCAUCCCCCAUGAUCACUGUAGGGUCCUGUGCAAUCGUGAGCCCUUCGAGGCAAUGGAGAAGUCCUGUCGCUCCUACAGCCAUAUAGUGCUCAAGGAGGUGCGCUUCUUCAACUUGCAGUCCCUCUACCCAUUGCUGACAGACCCCUCCCUCAACCUGCACAUCGUGCACCUGGUGCGCGACCCCCGGGCUGUGUUCCGUUCUCGGGAACACACUGCAGGAGACCUCAUGAUCGACAGUCGCAUUAUCAUGGGGGAAAAGUGGGAGAAGCUCCAGAAGGAGGAACAACCGUACCACACACUGCAGGUCAUCUGCCAGAGCCAGCUGGAGAUCUACAAGGCAGCCCAGUCCUUGCCCAAAGCCCUGAAGCAGCGUUACCUGCUCAUGCGCUAUGAGGACCUAGUCCGGGAACCUCUGGCCCAGACUUCUCGAAUGUAUGAUUAUGUGGGGUUGAAAUUCUUGCCUCGUCUCCAGACCUGGGUGUACAACAUUACCAGAGGCAAGGGCUUGGGCGGACAUGCCUUCAAUACCAACGCCAGGGAUGCCAUCAAUGUGUCCCAGGCUUGGCGCUGGUCCUUGCCAUACACCAAGGUUGCUCACAUUCAGAAAGUCUGUAAGGACACCAUGGAUUGGCUGGGCUAUUAUCAUGUCAGAUCUGAACAGCAGCAGAAAAACCUGUCAACGGAUCUUCUGUCUGCCUGGAGGCCCUCAGAGCACAUAUUCCAAGAGAACUGA